UUUGGCAGCCACACACAGGCAUGGAUGGGUUUGCAUUGUGCUUUGUUCUCCUGCUGAGGUUGCUACUUCUGUAUAAUGCUCAGCCAGCAGUGCCAACAGGCUGUGCACGUCCACCUGUGCUGUGUUGUCCCGGUCAAAACUCCAACUGUUUCAGGGGCUGUUUCUGUGACGAGGCCUGUGUGACAUUCAAUGACUGCUGUUCUGACUACAGGUCAACCUGCACACAAGAUUUUCCCACUGAGCUCCCAAGCACAGCCAGCACAACAAGCAGCAGUACUUCAACUACACUGGCAAAUGAUGUCACAACUUUCUCAUCCGCAGUUUCGUCAGCAAGAAUACUCAGUUCAACAUCUGCACUUUUAAAUAUGAGCUUAACCUCAGCCUCCAUGGGAUCUACUACUACAGGGAUCAGCCAAACAAGCAGCAGUACAUCAGCACAAGUAGAUAACAGUACGACUUUGUCACCCGAUAUAACGACAGCACCCAGCACAACAGACGACACUGCGGCAUCCACACUGGUUGAAGUGAAUGCAACUUCAGCAUCUACAGUCUCUGAUACUGCAGCAACCAGACAAAUCAACAGCAGUACAUCUACAACAGCAGCACCCAUCACAGCAAACAGCAGUACUCCCACGAUGCUUGCAAUUACCAGCACAACUUUAGCACCCACAGUCACUGAUGUUAGCACAACAAACAGUAGCACAUCUACACCAGUAGAUGACAGCACAACAUCCUCUACAGACUCUAUUUCUCCAGGACCCACAACUUACAGCAGUACUCCGUCAACACUGGCAAUUGUCAGCACAUCUUUAGCACCCACAGCCUCCGACACAGCACAAACAAGCACAAGUAAAAGCAGUACAUCCACAAUGACAGAAAUCUCGCUAUCUUCAUCAUCUGCUGUCUCUUCGACAACAGCACCCAGUACUGCAUCAUCAGAUGUGAGCACAAACUCAGUGUCCACAGUUUCUGGUACAACAACAACCAUUCAAAAAAGCACCAGUGCAUCUACACAACUAGAUGGCCUCACAACCUCAGCAUCCACAGUCUCCACAGCUAAAGGGACAACUCUGAAAGAAACAAGUACAUCUCCGGAUACCAGUAGUGUCACAUCUUCACCAGCAGAUGGGAGCAAACUUGGAGAGUCCAACAAAAUCUCAGAUUCCACCACAAGCUCAAGUAAAGAUGCCCAAAUAGUGACUGUUCACCUAAAGAUAUCUGUUUUAUCCCGGAAUGAGGAAAAUACGAUUUUAGAGGCUUUGUCUGAUUUUGUGUCCCAGAGCCUUUUCCAGCAGAACUGUGAGGGCUGCACUGCGACGAUCAGACACAUCAAGCCCACCUAAGAAAGGACCUGGCUGCAGCUGCACUGUGACAACAGGCCUCACAACUCUUGGAAACAACACAAAUAUAUGUUCAAACUAAUUAAGCUAUUAAAGAUGUAAUGUAGUAAUCUGUAACGCCUUGGGUGUUAAAAUGACUUACAACCACAUAAUCUAUCUGUUGAGCGUUAACCUUAGAGCAGGCAGAGCAGCCAGGAGCAGAUCGAGGUAGUGCUGUUUGGCAAGAAAGGGUGUGUAAGUGGUAUUUCCUCACUUCAACGGAAGAUGAUGAGCCAAAAGUUUAAUUAUGCUGGCAGUGGUGGUUCUGGCCCAUUUAAACCACAGGGGCCAGUUAAAUUAGCUCUGAAACUAAGAGCUCAUUUAGGCAACGGGGUGGUUCAGAAGCCAAAUCAGCAGGUCAUUAUAGUAUAGGUUAUAACAGCGGGUUAUUUCAACAACAAAAGUUAGCAAAUUCAGAUUUGUGGUGCUGUGCCAUUGUAGUGCAAAGUAA